CUUGAAACUGUAAGCAGGAAGAUGAAUUUCACUCGUAAUUUUUCCAAAAGUGUCAAAUCCAUAAGUGUUUGCAACAGUGUUACUUCGAUGAAAUGGCGCGCAACGGACUGCAGUUAUGCAGGCGCGUCGCGCACGUCGAGAAUCGAUGAUCCGUCCGAUAUCUCGAAAUCUACCGAUGAUACAUGUCGAUCGAAGACAGAAAUCGCGGGAAAAUCACGUGACAGAAAAUAUGCCACUAUGGCUACAGCAACGGGGAACGUUCUGCAAGAAGCACCGGAACCGUGGGGACUUCCGGUGUUUGGAACACUUUUCGAGUUUUUGUUUUUUGGCGGACCGAAGAAACAGCACGAGUAUGUUGAUAAAAGACACAGGGAACUGGGUCCUGUUUACAGAGAACGUUUGGGACCCAUCACGGCGGUGUUUGUUAAUUCUCCCGAUGAGUAUCGGAAGAUAUUUCGAUUGGAAGGUGCAGCACCGAAACAUUUUUUGCCGGAAACGUGGACCCUCUACAAUGAGAUACGAAAACGGCGACGCGGUUUAUUGUUCAUGAACGGCGAAGAGUGGAUACACUUUCGUAAGAUAUUAAACAAAAUAAUGUUAAUGCCAGACCCAACGAAUUUAAUGGGUGAUUCCUGUCACGAAGUAGCUAAAAGACUCGUACAAAAGUGGGAUAAACAAAUUGACACAAACGCUGUUAUCGAGAACAUACAGGUUCAGCUUUAUCAAUGGUCUAUUGAGGCGAUGAUGGCUACCUUAAUGGGUACAUAUUGGCACUCUUGUAAACAACAAUUAUCUCAAGAUUACGAAAAGUUAGCAAGAACGUUGUAUAAAAUAUUUGAAUAUUCAGCUAAAUUAUAUACGGUGCCGGCUAAAUUAGCGAUGACUUUACGGUUACCAGCCUGGACGAAAUUUGUCGAAUCAGCCGACACGGUUUUCGAAAUCGUUCGAAUUCUGGUACCGGAAAUGACUCGAGUAGCUGGCGACGGUUUAUUAAAAAGAAUGAUGGACGAGGGGAUUCAUGAGGAGGAUGCAAUUUGUAUCGUUACCGACUUUAUUUUAGCAGCUGGCGAUACGACAGCGACUAAUCUGCAAUGGAUACUAUUAUUGCUCUGUAGACAUCCUGACAAGCAACAAAAAUUGUUCGAACACUUAAAGAACCUUCAACAGAAAGAAUUGCUGCGCGAUUCUUUAUUAAAAGGAGUUAUUAAAGAGUCUCUUAGAUUAUAUCCAAUUGCUCCAUUCAUUUCUCGAUAUUUACCGGAAGAUAGCGUGAUCGGUAAUUACUUUGUACCAAAAGGGGAAUUACUGGUGCUUUCACUUUAUUCAAGCGGUCGAAACAGCGUAAAUUUUCCGCGACCGAAUGAAUUCCUUCCGGAAAGAUGGAUUAGAACGGAAGAUGGUACUUAUGAAGGUGUAGUACACCCACACGCGAGUCUACCAUUUGCCUUGGGUGCAAGAAGCUGUAUUGGUCGAAAACUUGCGGAGAUACAAAUAUCGCUUGCUUUGGCAGAGCUGAUUAAGAAAUUUGAAAUAGAAUGUAUAAACAAAGAUCAAGUGGAAUUAAUGUUACACUUGAUUUCUAUUCCAUCGGAAUCGAUAAAAUUGAAAUUGAAGCGAAGAUAAUGCAGGAGGUAAAGAAAAGAAUACAGGGAAGUAAAUGUUCCAUUCGUACUUUUGAUUUUAUUCAUUUUCCUUUUCAUCAUGAAGCAUUUAUAUAUUUUAUCCGUAUAUGCUAGAAUCGAAUGAACCAGAUUUUAUAUAUCUUGGCUAUUAUAUAUGUACAAUUAUUUAUCAUUUCAGUGCAUCAAAGGAUGCUCACAAAAUUAUUAAUAUACAUCAAUCCCUUGCUUUAAAAUAUAUUCACAAUAAGCACGAUUAGGGUAUAGAUUGAAUAAAAUAUUUUACAAUAUAAAAGUCUUAUUAAUUGCAUCCUAAUUAAAGAAUGAAGAUUAAAUGAUUGGACGCUAUCACU